CACGUGUGUGGGAGGCCGGCCCGUGGCACCGCAGCCGCCGCCAUGGCUCUGCCUGUGCCGCCCGGCCGCCCCCGCCUCCGGCUGGCCCCGCUGCUGGCGCUGCUGCUCCUGGCGGGCCCGGCGCGGCCCAUCUCCUUCCAGCUGCCCGGCAAGGCGCGGAAGUGCCUGCGCGAGGAGAUCCACCGCGACACGCUGGUCACGGGCGAGUACGAGAUCGGCGCCCCGCCGGGCUCCAACAGCGGCCCCUCCGCCAACCUCAAGAUAACUGACUCAGCGGGGCACAUCCUGUAUGCUAAAGAGGAUGCCACCAAGGGCAAGUUUGCCUUCACCACUGAAGACUAUGACAUGUUUGAGGCCUGCUUUGAGAGCAAGCUUCCUGUGGGAACAGGGAGGAUGCCGGACCAGCUCGUGAUUCUGGAUAUGAAGCAUGGAGUUGAAGCAAAGAACUACGAGGAGAUUGCUAAAGUGGAGAAGCUGAAGCCUCUCGAAGUAGAACUGAGACGCCUGGAAGAUCUUUCAGAGUCCAUUGUUAACGACUUUGCCUAUAUGAAGAAACGAGAAGAGGAAAUGAGGGACACGAAUGAAUCAACAAACACCCGGGUUCUGUACUUCAGCAUCUUCUCCAUGUGUUGUCUCAUUGGACUGGCCACCUGGCAGGUGUUCUACCUGCGUCGUUUCUUCAAGGCCAAGAAACUGAUUGAGUAAAGGAACAAGUCCUCCUCCCCCUCUUCACAGCCCCAGCUGGACACCACUGGAACCCAGCCACGUCCUCCCAGAGCCAUCUCACAGAUGACACCUACUGACUGGAGCUAUUCUGCAGGAACUUGAACCCAAAAAGGGGAGGGGAGCAUAAAUAUUGGAAGCAACUGGGGACUUCAGAAAUCCUGUUGGAUAUUAAGGGUGGGGGGCUUGUGAUGGGUUGGGGAUUCCUGGGGCAGCGAUUAAAUAAAAAUGAUUUUUCUAUGACAGCUGCAGCGAGCUCUUGCACUGUCUGUUCUCCUCUUAUAAUCUUGGCUUGGUGAUGUCUCCCAUCUGUCUGUGACUGUAGUGUUACUCUGAGCCACCUGAUCCAGCUGAGUGCAUUAGGUGCCCUGCAGCUUGCACCAGGGCGUUGCUGGGGAUUCCCUGUUCUGACCAGCUGAGAUCUAAGCCUCAUGCAGAUAAAGGUGAGUGCAAAACAAUAGGUUCAUCAUUCCAGCAGGGGCUGAGGAUGGAGGAAGGUCUGAGGUUUGGUCCUAGUCAUGGUGUUUCUCCCUGUGGGAGCUGGAGUUUUUAUGCUGAUGGGUCAAGGCACUUAAGCAUAUGAUAACAGUCUGGAGGAAGGGGGUGCCUUGGAAGGAGGGCUUAGUAAUGUGAUUUAGCUUGGAAAGGAGAAGUCUGCUUUGCUCACAUUGGCAGUCCAGCCUUGGUCCUGUCCUUAUUCCUUGUGUUUGUGUUGGAUUUGGCUCUCUCGUUCCAAAAUGAUGUGGCAGUUUUCUGAAAGCUGUGAUCACUGGUGACCUUUUGUGCAGAGAAGAAGCCUCACUUAGAUACAGUCACAGAGCAGAUUGGAGCAGGUUAUGGUAAGAAACUCAAUCUUAAAUUGAGCCGGAGACUUUUGUCACCUAGCAGUAUAACAUUUAUUCAGCAGGCAGGUGACUGAACCUCAUUUGCUGAGACAUCAAAGCCAAGUGGGCUGCUGUCACUAUUGUGCAGCACAAAGGCCUAUACCCUACUUUAAGGUCUGAGGAUGCAAGGGUAGCUUUGCAGGUUGGCAGAGGAGUUGUUGGAAGGACAUGAAUGAACUUGAAAAGCAGUGCAGAGUGGGAAUACAUUAAUGGUGCAUCUGAGGGGUGUCUGAACUGUGCCCUCCACAGAGCUGUUAGUCCCUGUGGUACCGCAGUGAGAGCAAGCAGCCAUUUGUAGCUUCUCAGCUGUCCAGAUGCACUUAUGUUGAAUAAGCAGGGCUGAGGAACAACAGGCAGGUGACCUUCCUGGAAUUGCGUGCUGCAGUUUUUAGGCACUGAUUAAAGUUCUUAAGCCUUCUCUUCAUUCCUUCAGAGCAAACGGUUCGGCAGCGCUGCUUUUGGUCUCGACCCUUCUGGCAUGGCAAAAGGUUAUCGCAGCCCUGGGCCCAGCAUACCACGUUUUAAAGAGGAAAAAAAAAACAAAAAAGCAUUCAUGAUUUAUAACUUGAAUCUGAUUGAUUGCCAGGAGGGAAACAGUUGUCCAGGGUGAAGCUGAGGGAAAGAGGGUGAAAAGAUGACAGACAGUCAUCUGAAUAAGUCAGUGCUUUGUCACUUCUUUGCCACGGCUGAGCUCCUGGAGUUGUUAGAUCUACUGGCAAGUGUUUAUAUUGCUUUUAGUGUUUUUUUAAUAAAGCCACGUUAGGAAUCCAAGCCCGCUCCUCUCCCUUUGCCUCCACACUAUCCUUGCAGAGAUUUGGAAGCUGUUACAGUGCAGAAGAGCAGUGAAGCCACGGGUCUGAAUUACAAGUCGUUUGGAGGUAGCUUUGGGUCUUAUGGUUUGAAGCCUGUAGAUCUGCUUUCUGUUUUUAUACAGUCUGAAAAGACGGGACACACAAGGGGCUUCCCCUCUGAUUGACCAUGACAUCCCUCCCCGUCCUCAGCAGAACACAAAGAUACCUUGUUCCCAAAGAUGGCAGUGAAGCCUUAAGUUCCCCAGCUGACUGUUACGGUACCAUCGCUGCAGGGCUGCGCAUUGAUCCUCACUGUGCUGGUGUGGUUGUGGGGAACGGAUGUGGGGGGCUCUUGGGGACUGACCUUGUAAUGACUGUUUGGUUGGGGGAUUUUUUUGAUCUUUUUUUUGUUUGUUUGUUUUCAAAUAAAAUUCCUUUGGGGAAAAAAGA